AUGGCAGCUGUAGUAACGUCAUGGACACCAGAUAAAAAGCACACUGAUCUUCAAAGAUGGAUUUGUAUUUAUCCAGCCUACUUGAACAGUAAAAAAACCCUUGCUGAAGGGCGUAAGUUGCCCAGAGAUAUAUGUGUGGAAAAUCCUACACAUCAAGAAAUAAGGGAUGUACUUUUCACAACUGGACUUCGUAUUGGUGUUGAAAAUAAAUUAUACCCUCGUGAACGUAGCAAGGAAAUGCUGUAUAGAGGAAGAAUUCGUGUUGAAUUAAAAAAUGAUGAUGGUACACCAAUAAAAGAAGAGUAUCCCACAAGAGAGGCGGUUAUGAGACACAUUGUUGAAUCAAUUCCAAAAUUGAAGACUCGUCAAAACAGGCCCGCAGAACAGCAACCUCAGGCUGUUCAACAAAGUAGCAAUAAGAGCAAGGGAAAGAAAGGAAGACGAUAA